AUGAUUAAAGAAGUAGAGAAAUAUGGUCUAGGAAUAGUAGCUCUGCAGGAAAUAAGAUGGAAGGAAGCAGGAAGUAUAGACAUGGGCAAUAUGACAAUCCUUUUCGGGGGGUGUGAUGAAAGAGGACAAUAUGGAGUUUGUUUUGCGGUACGUAAGAACAUAGUACCAACGAUAAAAGAUUUUAGAAUAAUUAACCCAAGACUGGCGUUACUAAAAAUAGAGACUAAAUGGUUCGAUAUCGUAUUCAUUAACGUACAUGCACCCAUGGAGGACAAAUCACAACAAGAAAAAGAAGAUUUUUAUACUGAGAUAGAACAACUACUAGAAGGGAUUAGUAAUAGCAAAAUAAAAAUUAUACUAGGAGACAUGAACGCCAAAAUAGGGAAAGAGAGAUCAUAUAGAUCAUAUAGACCAACUAUUGGUACCCACAGUUUACACGACAUGACAAUGGCACAAAACUUGUGGAUAUGGCCAUAG